CUCCGGACGCAGGUUCAGCCAGAGCCCCAUGGUGCCCAAUGCUCCCGACUAGCUGUCAUUCAGUGGAUAUUGUCUGAUCUAUGGGCUCGUUGAAAUACGGCCUCAGUGCCCAUCCAAGUAGAGAUCACUUGCAAAGAACAGUUUCCUUCUCUCCAACGCUGCACAGCACAAACAAAAACAUCAGAGACCAUGGCGCCCUCCACAGUCACUCAUGACUCCACCAUCCUUGUUGUAGGAGCAGGGGUCUGGGGCUGUUCCACCGCUUUGCAUUUAGCUCGCCGCGGAUACAAGCGUGUCACUGUUUUAGAUCCCUAUACAAUCCCAUCUGCAAUUGCGGCGGGCAAUGAUAUCAACAAAAUUAUGGAACACAAAGAGCCCAAGGAGGGUGAAACAAGUCCACGGAGUAUUGCGUUCGCGACUUGCACUCGCGCUGCUCUGAAAGCCUGGCAUACCGAUCCUAUUUUCAAGCCAUAUUUUCAUGAAACCGGUCUGAUCAUAUCUGGCCAUACCCCGGCACUCAUCGAUCACAUCCGAAAAGACGAAAUCGAAUCAUCCGUUUCAGACUUCGUCAAGCUGGAGACAGCAGAAGACUUCCGGAAGACGAUGCCUCCAGGUGUUCUCACUGGCGAAUUUCCCGGCUGGAAGGGCUGGCUGAACAAGUCUGGUGCAGGGUGGAUCCACGCCAAAAAGGCCAUGUUCUCUGCAUACACUGAAGCCAAACGCUUAGGCGUCAACUUCAUCACUGGCUCUCCCCAAGGAAACGUCGUGUCACUGGUAUACGAGAACGAAGACGUGGUUGGGGCCAAAACCUCCGAUGGUGUGAUUCAUCGUGCAGACCAAACUAUUCUGGCUGCUGGUGCCGGCAGUGACCGUCUCUUGGACUUCAAGAAACAGCUGCGCCCCACCGCUUGGACGCUCGCUCAUAUCCAAAUGACUCCUGAGGAGGCCAAGCUGUACAAAAACCUACCUGUGCUUUUUAAUAUCGCAAAGGGGUUCUUCAUGGAACCCGAUGAGGAUAAGAACGAACUCAAGAUCUGUGAUGAGCACCCCGGGUACUGUAACUUUAUUCCAGACCCUGAAAGAUCGGGCGAGAUCAGAAGCAUUCCGUUUGCAAAGCAUCAGAUUCCUCUUGAAGCUGAAGCUCGUGUCAAGGAUUUCCUGCGAGACACAAUGCCACAUCUUGCCGACCGCCCACUGGCGUUCGCCCGUAUCUGCUGGGAUGCUGACACGCCUGAUCGCGCGUUUUUGAUCGACAGGCAUCCGGAUCACCCUUCGCUAUUGGUAGCUGUCGGGGCCUCUGGAAACGGUGCAAUGCAAAUGCCCACUAUUGGAGGAUUCAUUGUGGAUGCGUUGGAAGGUCACUUACAGAAAGAGCUGAAGCAUGUUGUUCGGUGGAGACCAGAGACCGCGGUUGACAGAGACUGGAAAGCGACACAGAACCGCUUUGGAGGGCCUGACGCAAUCAUGGACUUUCAGGAGGUUGGAGAAACCGAAUGGACCAAGAUCAAGAGCAGGCUGUAGGUGAGCCGUGAUGUUUGUGAAAUUAGUCCAUGGCGAACUGCUGAUAUACCCACUCAUCAUAAUUGAGAUUUUAAAUUUGACGUCUUAUAUUUGUACUGCCAUGUGAGCCUGCAGUAGGUAACUAAUGGCCAAUUUACCUGCUUUAGGUCUUUCUCUGCAUAUACAGCUGCAUGGGUUUCCCCGCACCAUCCCUGAAUAUGAAAGAAUUCUCCAGUGUUCAUAUUUCUCGCUUUAUCGGGCAAUGAG